AGGGACCGGCAGGUGUGGGCGCGGGGCCGGGCAGCCCGACGGCGGGAGUCGCAGCCGCUUGGUGCAUGGGCCAGUGAGGACGCGCGGAGAUCCCCUCGCCGCGGCGGAGGCGGAGCAGCGCGCGAGCAAGUCGCUGCCCGGCGACCCUGCGUCCGAGCGAGCGGAACCUUGCGCUUCGCCCGGGGACGGUUCGAAGUCCGCGCUAUGGAAGAGGAGAAAUAUUUGCCUGAGCUGAUGGCAGAGAAAGAUAGCUUGGACCCAUCUUUUGUGCAUGCAUCGCGCCUUUUGGCGGAAGAAAUUGAAAAAUUUCAAGGUUCUGAUGGAAAAAAGGAAGAUGAAGAAAAGAAAUAUCUUGAUGUCAUCAGCAACAAAAACAUAAAGCUCUCAGAAAGGGUAUUGAUUCCUGUCAAGCAAUAUCCAAAGUUCAAUUUUGUGGGGAAAUUGCUUGGACCAAGAGGAAAUUCCUUGAAGAGACUACAGGAAGAAACAGGUGCUAAAAUGUCUAUCCUGGGCAAAGGAUCAAUGAGAGAUAAAGCAAAGGAAGAAGAAUUAAGGAAGAGUGGGGAAGCCAAAUAUGCCCACUUGAGUGAUGAACUUCAUGUAUUAAUUGAAGUGUUUGCUCCACCUGGGGAAGCUUAUUCACGAAUGAGUCAUGCAUUGGAAGAGAUUAAAAAAUUCCUGGUUCCCGACUACAAUGAUGAAAUUCGUCAGGAACAACUACGUGAAUUAUCUUACUUAAAUGGCUCAGAGGACUCUGGUCGUGGCAGAGGUAUUAGAGGCAGAGGGAUCAGAAUAGCUCCCACAACCCCUUCAAGGGGCCGUGGGGGCGCCAUUCCUCCUCCCCCACCACCUGGACGAGGUGUACUCACCCCUCGAGGGACUACUGUGACUCGUGGAGCUCUUCCAGUGCCCCCUGUAGCAAGAGGUGUCCCUACCCCACGAGCCCGGGGGGCACCGACAGUGCCGGGAUACAGGGCACCCCCUCCUCCAGCCCACGAAGCUUAUGAAGAAUAUGGGUAUGAUGAUGGCUACGGGGGUGAAUAUGAUGACCAGACCUAUGAGACUUAUGAUAACAGCUAUGCCACUCAAACGCAAAGUGUCCCUGAAUACUAUGACUACGGUCAUGGAGUAAAUGAGGAUGCCUAUGACAGCUACGCACCCGAAGAAUGGGCCACAACCCGCUCCAGCCUGAAGGCACCACCACCAAGGUCAGCCCGAGGGGGAUACAGGGAGCACCCCUAUGGUAGAUAUUGAAGGUCCUUCUCACCUGUGACCUCACCUCAAAGACAAUUCAUAGCCUGUGGUCUCCACAUAAACAGCAACAAGACAAGUAAUAGUCCUUUUUUUUUUUCUAUUCUAGGGAUAACUGCUCAUGAUUUCUCCCGUAUAGUUCUUGUAUUCCCCCUUAUACUGUUGGCAUGACAUUGACACUAGUAUUAUUUUACAAAACGGACUAAAAAAGACAUUGGCAAGCACUGUCUAUAAACCAUUCAGUAGGAUGAUAUUCUCCUGGUUGUUUUUCAUUGUUGUGUGUAACCUUUUUUUUUCUUUCUUUCUUUUUUCUUUUUUCUUUCUUUCUUUUUUUUUUUUUUAAGAAAGAGCAUGGAUCUGUUAACAGAUUUUGAGUCUCAAUCAACUAGCAAAAACUUUGUUUAGGGUUGCUAAAAGACUGUAAUAUGAUUUUUGAACUAGCUGAUAAUAAAGUUGUAGAUAAGAUGUUUUAACCUGUCUUUUAAUAUCUGUUAGUUAGAUGAAGAUGUUCGAUAUUAAGUUUGUAAAUUUAAUUUUAAAUGCUGUUUUAAUGGAGUUGAAAACAAGCAGCUACUGUAUGUAUGUAGCUAAUCUUUUAUUCUCUUUUCCUUGGUCACUGGAAAAAACACUGAAUUUGUUCAGUGUUUUAACCUGUAUUUGUUAAAAAAGAAAAAAACACACAUAAAGUUCCAUGUGUAAGCUACUCUAAAUAGGAAACCACAAUUUGUCAAAUAUGUUUGCCAUAAUUUGUCAAUAAAGCUGAAAACUUUUGUAAAAACUAAAUUUGGAAUUACUUGUUUUCUAGCUUUAAAUGCCUGCUUUAUUUCUUCUUCAAGAGAUGCCUAAAAUGUUUUCUAUUUAAAAAUUACAAAAAUGAACCCAAGCCUGUUUUAAGAUAUUUGUGUAAUACUUAAAAAAUGUAUUAAUAACUUAUGGUUGUUAAAUAAUUUAAAAGUUAACAAACUAAACUGUUACAUGAAUCAUGGUUAGUAAACACUAAUGUACAACAUGUUAAUGGAA